UGAAAGUCGGUCAGAUAAUAUUAUUUACACUUGGCCUAUAUAAAGGCAAAAUCUGGUCUAAAUCAAGAUCAUUCAAAAUAUGAAUCAUAGUCAUAACAAUAACAAUCUAUACUCAAGAUUCGAGACCAGAGUGGAUCUAGAUCUACAUCUUCGAAAUUAAAUUGAAUAUAAAAUAUCUGACUUACAACUACAAGUUAAAGAAUGUCUGAGGGAAAGAAAGUGGUGCUGGCUUACAGUGGGGGCUUAGACACUUCAACUAUACUGGUGUGGCUGAUUGAACAAGGUUAUCAAGUGAUUGCUUACCUGGCUAACAUUGGUCAAGAAGAAGACUUUGAUGCAGUCAGAACCAAAGCGUUAAAGUUCGGAGCAUUGAAAAUGGUGAUACUUGACUUGAGGCAAGAGUUUGUAGAAGAAUUCAUCUGGCCAGCUGUGCAGGCGAAUGCUACUUAUGAAGAUAGGUAUCUGUUGGGAACAUCUUUGGCCAGGCCACUCAUUGCUAGAGCCAUGGUGAAAGUUGCAGUGGAUGAAGGAGCUCAUUAUGUUGCCCAUGGUGCCACUGGCAAAGGAAAUGAUCAAAUUAGAUUUGAACUAGGAGCGUAUGCUCUUCAUCCUACAAUUGAGGUCAUAUCACCUUGGCGGCUACCAGAAUUUUACCAGAGAUUCAAAGGUCGCACUGACCUUUUCAAAUACGCUGAGGAACAUGGUAUACCACUUCCUGUCACUCUUUCAAGUCCCUGGAGUAUGGAUGCCAACUUAAUGCAUAUCAGCUAUGAAUCUGGUGUUCUUGAAGAUCCUAAUCAUCAAGCACCUGCUGGCUUAUUUCAAAUGACAGCAGACCCAGAAAAGGCACCUGAUAACUCUGAUGUUAUUGAAAUUGAAUUUAAAAAAGGAGUGCCCAUCAAAGUGACUAAUCAGGAGCAAGGGUUAGAACUUACUGAAGCUCUGGAUAUUUUUGUUUACCUCAACAAAGUUGGUGGUAAACACGGUAUUGGCAGAGUUGACUUGGUAGAGAAUAGAUUUAUUGGGAUGAAGUCUAGAGGUAUUUAUGAGACACCUGGGGGAACUAUUCUACUGACAGCUCACACAGACAUUGAAGUGUUCACUAUGGACAGAGAAUUGAGAAAAAUCAAAAGAACACUAGAUAUUCAGUUUGGUGAUCAGGUUUAUAAAGGUUUCUGGUUCAGUCCAGAAUGUGAGUUUACUAGAUUUUGUAUUGCCAAGAGCCAAGAGAAUGUUGAAGGUGUUGUGACAUUAAAGUUAUUUAAAGGAGGUGUCUACAUUCUAGGCAGAAAGUCUCCACUCUCUCUCUACAAUAAAGAACUGGUCAGUAUGAAUGUCCAAGGUGAUUAUGAACCAGUGGAUGCUGGAGGCUUUAUUAAGAUUAAUGCAUUAAGGCUGAGAGAGUAUGCCAGACUUCGUAAGAAAAUAGAGAAAUAAAUUGUUCCCAAGACAUAAAGGUUGUAAUGAUGAAGUCUUUCAUGGCGUCUGCUAACCUAGAUGAAAUCUAAAUGGUUGAAGUUUCAUGUUGAUCAAAUGUGGAGUGAAACUUGUUCUCUUCUAUUUUCAAACUUUGCUUUUGGCUUUCAUUCAGAAUUCCCAUAAGUUAUUCCCCUUUUUCAUUUGCCAACUUAAUGUCUUCAGAUUGACUUCUAACCUUUAAAUGAAAAUUGAUAAUGGAAACAUAAAUUUGUCUGAUGGAACUUAGUUUUACUUAAUAGUUACAAAUAAGAAAGUCCAAGUGAUUAAGUAAGGACAUUACCCAGGGUAGUCAAUAAUAACAGAAUGGUGUAUUGGAGAUUUUGUGCUUUAACAUAUAUUUUAUUUGAUUGCAGCUUUUGGUACAAUAUUUUGUUUCUUGACUUUGAUUGUCAUUCUAUUACAGUGAUGCCCAAAAUACGGCCCGCGGGCCAGAUUGGACGGCGAUGAGCUUCCAUACGGCCUGCCAAUACGUCGGCACAAAAUAUAGAAAUCACCCCCCCCCCCCCCCCCCCCCCCCAAAUGUUCCAAAUGUAUGUCCUACGUUAGGACCUUUACUUUUUUCUAAUGGAUUACUACCAAGGCAUUUAACAUUUGUGUGUACAUGAAAUAGGAUUAUAGAAUCUACUAGGAAAAGUGAACGGAUCUUUACUUUUUUGCUAGCCAACAUGUUUGUUUUUAUAAAGAAAGUGGACGUUUUUAAAAAACAAGAACAACAAAUUAUAAACAGAAAUUAGGCCAUUUUAUGAAGUGUAAAGUAUAGAGAAAAAUUCUAAUAUCCCAAUAAUUCAGAUCUAGAUCCUAGGGUUUGUAAUAAAAUAUUUUCAUGUCAAUUUCAAUAAGUUUAUUUCUUUUCCAUCAUGUGGCCUGCGACAUUAGUUUUUGGAAAUUAAAAUGGCCCACAGAUUGAAUUAGUGUGGGCAUCACUGUUCUAUUAGAUAAUAAAUGUCAACUUUGUAUGGUGAAUAUCAUAAACAUACAAUUUAUUGAAUUAUUAUUUAUACAUUGAGACUAAUUGUAUUUUAUCACACUUGCAGUAAAAUCAUUCCAGGCAUUUUUUUAAUAUACUAAGUUCAUAAUGUUAAUGUAUCUUAAGAUAUAAUUUGAUUUUGUGGAUAUAAUGUCUUUGAUGUGUUUUAUUUAGUGUUGUUUACUACAUUUAGCUUUUCUCUUGUUAUGUUGGUUGUACUAUUGAGAUUAUCACUAUUCGAGUAUUUGAUGGUCACUUGUUCAACUCUGAGAAGUACUUUGUAAUAAAGUUAAUAUUUUGUGCUAAUUAAAAAAUAUCUUGAUGAAUUUUUUUUAAAAGUUGUAAUAUUUAUUCAUGUUGUAGUGAUUUAACCUUUAUUAGUGGAUAACAUUUUCCACACUUUUGUUUUUCCUUUCAGUAAUUAAAUGAAAUAAAAUUUGGUUCAAUGUGAGAUGAGCAUUUAUUUCAUCACUUAGGGUAUAUUCCAAUGAGGAGAUAACUCUACUUUUGUUAAGAAACAGAAGUAAAGAUUUAGAUAUUUCAUGAAGCUUAAAAUUUGUUACUGCAUUUAGUGAAAUUACUACUCAGUGCUUUAUGUUAAUUUUUUUCCAAUAAUUGUAUUUGUUCACUGCCUGACGAGAAGCUUCAAUUAGAAAUAUACGAAGUAUGAUUUUUUAUCUCAUAUCAUGCAAAAUGUUCUUUAUAUUUUUUAUACAUAGAUUUUUUUCAAUAUUUUAUACAUCAUAUUUUUGGUGAUUUUGUCUGGGGUGAUGGAGUAUUAAUUUUUAAAAAAAUUUUUGAGAAUCGAUAAAAUUUUUUUUUGCUUUUAUUUUCUGGAUGUUUAUAUGUACCUGCUUUUAAUAAGUUUGAACUUUUAUUUAUGAAUUCCUUAUUCAUGCACAAGAAUUUUCAUAUUAAAAACAUAUUUAGAAAUACUGAA